AGUGCGCGUGACGCCAUUGCAGUGGCAAAAAGAUCCGUCGCAGCAGCCUAACGUCAAUACUUUACAUACCAUAAUAUACUGUAACUCGUUCACCAAGGCAUCCAGUACGCAGAACCUACUUGUAAUUUGUUAACAAUCUAGCCCAGUACAACUUUAAAACAGAAUAUAAAAUCAUCAGAUUUGCCUUCGCUCAUAUAGUGCAGCCAGCGGAAAAUAUUCUGUAUCUACAGCGUCGAUAAUUUCGUAAUUACUUUGAAGAAGAAAACUGUGAUAUUUAUCUAUUUGCUUCACUUUCCUAUGGUUCUGGUUAUUUUUGUAUCCAACGCUGCACCCUGUACGGAAUUGCAUACCCUGCGAAUUAUGGCUCACUCCGGAGUCACGCCGUCAUUGUGCAAGCGCAGAAUUAAUUUGAAACUGUAAAAAAAAAUUUCGAGAAGAAUUAAAUCAGAACAUCAAAAGGCCGAAAAAGUAUUUUCUAUCAUAAUCAGAGUAUCGCGCGAAGCCAAUGAAAUAGUAUUCAACACGAACUAUUGGUCAUUUGGGCAAGCAAAGACAUAUCACAAAAGGCAAAAAAAAAAAAUGCAUGUAACAAACCACACCAUACCACCACAAAACCAAAUCACACACUCCAAACCACAUGUACACGACAACUAUAGUGAUAAAUGCUUAGCCCUAAUGUAAACCACGAAGCAGAACGUGCUAGAAUAGCGCCUUGGGUAGCACGCAGAAUUUUUAAACAAAGAUUUAUGCAAAGAGCAAAGCUCUAUGGUAGAAAGAAAAAAAUGGGUGUGGCGGCAGCAUGCUCUGUACCGCUGCCUACCUCCCCUGUUCUCACCCGUGUACUCACUUUUUCCAGCUUUACAGAAAGGUACCACAGCAUGCGACCGCCAAAAGUUCAUAAAUGACAUGUUCCUUUGCGGCUACCACUUUGCUAAUGUUGCCGAAGUUGUUGGAGCGAACGCAGAAGAAGUAUGCGCGUACAUACAGAAGUACAGAGAAUGCCAUAACACGUCUCUUGUCAACUACGGGUGCGCUCCUCCCGAUCACUUGUCCAAGGACGCCGAAAAAUUCUUCGACCUUCUAACGCAAAAAUACAGCAGCACGUGCGCAUCACAGCGGAGAGCCCGCAGCUCGCCUCUGGCUUCACGUCUUACGUUUAAAGAAGAUGUUGCAUACACAUGUGACGGAAAUCGGUUCAUCCGAUUCUUCUUCCAGUGCGCCGCUGGUUUUGUGAAUGCAACAAGCAACUCGCCAAAGGACCUGCACUACAUCUGCAGGGUAGUGAGCAUCUACAGACACUGCGUCAACGGGGCGCGACAUGCGACUCACUGCAACACGAGGAUGGAGCUCAACAACCACCUUGCCUACAUGCAGAACUUUAUUUUGGAACAGUACGAGCCCAUGUGCGCCGUGAGACGAGGCAAGACAUCCAGGGAGAGUGACCCCAAAAAGACGGAACGCUAAACUGCGUUCCGCUUGCAACAGCGCGGCAGAGUCGGAACGAAGCGCGCAUGCGCAAAGGAAAUUUUUUUUUUUUGCACCACCAGCUCCUGCUGCACUGUCACAAUCAUACUUUGUGAGAUCAGCGGCACCAGCGCUCUUAGAAGUACUGCCCAUGUAAAACAUGCAUUUUCACUGAAUAAAAAGUGUGCCCCAUGUCAAGCUUCAACCCUUUAUGUAAGCGUCAGCGCUGAGUAUGACCCAGGGUAACGAGAGCAGGCACGCAGUUGGCGUCUGGUGGGCAAAAACGCCGGUGAGACCACUAACUGCCAGAAACGUGUUUAGGUGGCAGCGGCCGGCGACCUCAUCGUCCUCUCAGAUGGCGGCAACGUGCCAUCCUUGCCACAAAAAGUUCGGCGUUGAGCCCGGUGACCAUGGGCGGAAAUUCUGGAACCUGCCCCUCUAUAUUCAAGGACAUGAAACCGGCACUAUAACGCCGCUUUUUCUUAAUAACCAAUAACGCAAUCAGCGAAGUGGCAGUUAUGCGGAGAAGUAGAUUCUCCCCGAUCAGCUACGCGUC